AUGCCACCCUCAACAGAUCAACCCACAAGUGUCCUCAAAACAAAUGCUCACAUAGCUAUUGAUCCAGUCACAGUUGUCAUCAAAGAAUGUUUACUGAUAUCAUCAUCCAUGAGAAAGACAUCCAAGUAUUCCCAAUCAGGGGUUGCCGCCAUUUUAGGAAAUGGAGGAAGUGAGCUGUUCAGUGAAGAUAAUGAAACUGCUAGAUUUGGUCUCGGUUCAAAUACCAAUGGACCAACAAACAAUUCUAUAAAUGAUCCUUUAUUAUCUGGAUUUAUACAAUUGAGAUUUAUGUUAAACAGUGCCCAGGACUUGCAAGAAAUUGACUCAUUGACAUUACUUCAACCUUUCUUGUUGGUGAUAAAGUCAAGUUCAACAACUGGUGCAAUCACAUCACUAGCGUUGGAUUCAUUAUCGAAAUUCUUGAGUUAUAACAUCAUUUCAUCAGAAUCCAAGAAUCUUCUAUUCACAUUAACACAUAUUAUCAGUUCCCUCACACAUUGUCGUUUUGAAGCUUCUGAACAGUCGUCUGAUGACGCCGUGUUAUUAAAAGUUCUUAAUUUGCUUGAGACCAUAAUCAAUUCAGAGCUUGGGGAUUUACUAUCCGAUGAAGUUAUAUAUGAGGUUGUGCAGACUUCAUUAUCGUUAGCAUGUAACAAAAGAAGAAGUGAAGUAUUGAGAAAAGCUGCAGAAUUAUCAAUGUACAGUGUUACAGUCAAAAUUUUUGGAAGAUUAGAUGCUAUCGAACCAGAGCAACAUCAUCAUGUUGUAGAGGAGACACAAGAUUACACAAAAAACCAAUUGGUUGAGUCCAUAGGUACGAAUGAUGAUGUUGGUUUAUCUAAAAAGUCAUUUGAAGUUACAAACCAAGGAAAUAAACCAUUUGGUCUUACUGCUGUGAAACAAUUUUUAGGUAUUUUGAUUUCAAUGAUUGCACCUGAGAAUCAAUUCAAACAUACAGAAUCAACGAAAGUUUUUGCUUUUUCAUUAAUAUCCACAGCUGUUGAAAUGACUGGGGAUAGAUUCUCAUCAUUUCCAAGCUUGUUGCACUUGGUUGCUGAUCCGGUCUUCAAGCACACAUUGAAUAUUAUUCAAAACGUCAACUCUUUACCAACUCUUCAAGCAGCUUUACAGCUCUUUACCACAUUAGCUCUCACUCUAGGUGAUCAUUUACAACCACAAAUUGAGCUAACAUUGAUUACAAUUUUUAAAGCUACAUUACCACAAGAUGAAACCAAGAAGAAACCAGCAGCAAGUGGUAAGUCCACCCCGGUUGAGCUUAAUCAAAAGUCUCUUUCAGCUAAAGAGCUCUUAGUGGAAGAAAUUUCAAUUCUCUGGACUAGAUCUCCAUCAUUUUUUAUUAAUUUAUUCAUCAAUUACGACUGUAAUUUUCAUAGAAAUGAUUUGACAGUGAGUUUUAUUAGCUUUCUAUCACAACUAUCUUUACCAGAAAGUGCAUUAUUCACAACAGAGAAUGUUCCACCGAUCUGCUUGGAGGGUAUUGUAUCAUUUGUUAAUAAACUCUAUGAGCAUAUCAAGAUUACUGAUAGAGAUGAUUUAAAAGAACCACAUGAAUUAUUUCUAAAGAAACAAAAGAAGAAAGAAUUUAUUGGUGCUACUUCGAUUUUCAACAAGAAACCAAAAGAUGGUCUUAAGGCUUUAGAAGAUAAAGGAUUCAUCAAGUCAGCUACUGAUUUGGAUGAGGUUGCGACAUUUUUCUAUGAGAAAUCAAGUAGAUUGGAUAAGAAGGUUUUGGGGGAAUUUCUUGCUAAACGUGAUAAUGUUGAUGUACUAAAGCAUUUCUAUUCCUUAUUUGACUUCAAAGGUUUAAGAGUAGAUGAAGCUUUGAGAAUAAUUUUGAAAACCUUCAGACUUCCAGGUGAAGCACAACAAAUUGAAAGAAUUGUGGAAAAUUUUGCAGGUAGAUAUGUUGAGUGUCAAAACUAUGGGCAAUUCAGCUCUGCUGUAAAUGAGGGUGCUAAAGAAGAAGAUAAUGAUGUGAAUGGGGAUUUCACGAAAGAAGAGAAACAAUCAGAAGAUAAUAUCGAAACAUCAAAAGCCUCAUUGGAAGUUAUAGAUGUUGUUUCAGAUGAAAUCCAAGAACCAGUUGAGCCUGAUGAAGAUGCUGUUUUUGUUUUGAGUUUCUCAGUGAUUAUGUUGAAUACUGAUUUACACAACCCAAACAUCAAAGCGCAUAUGACUCUUGAAGAUUAUAAAAAGAAUUUACGUGGUGUGUAUAAUAAAGGUGAUUUCCCUGCUUGGUAUUUGGAGAAAAUAUAUCAAUCAAUUCAUGAUAAAGAAAUUGUUAUGCCAGAAGAGCAUCAUGGCUCAUCACAAUGGUUUGAUGACUCCUGGAACAAUUUAAUUGCUGCGAAUAUCUCAGUUACUGAUGAGUUUUUUGCAGUGGAGCAAUUCAAUGUUAACGAGAUUGCCAAAUUCAAUGAAGCACUAUUCCAAUCUGUUUUUGAUUCUAUUAGUGAUACAGUUUUCAAAAUUUUUGAAAUUGCAGUUGAUGACCAAAUUAUUACAAAAAUGAUGACCACUGUUGAUAAAUUAGCUCAAAUUUCUUCAUUCUAUGAUUUAAAUGCUUACUUGGAUAGAUUAGUUUUGAAACUAGCAGAGCUAACUAGCUUGACUGAACCAGCUCAACCACUUGAUACAUCAUCAAGAAUUAAAACUACAAGAAUUAAAGUUGAAGGUGGUGAAUCUGUUACUGUCAGUGAAACAUCUGUUGCUUUUGGUAAAGACUUUAAGGCUCAAAUCUCAACAGUGGUUUUGUUCAGAGUGUUAGGGAGAGAUUAUCAGAAACUUGGAGCUGGUAUAGAAAGUGUCUUCAAAAUCAUCUCAACAUUGUACCAAAAUGGGUUGAUUGAACCUGACUUAUUCCCUGAAUUCCAAUCCAAGUAUAAACUUGCUAAGUUACCAAAAAUAAGGCCUGAAGUUUCAUUAACUAGAUCAUCUGUUACGAAGGGUUUAUUCUCAACUUUUGCAUCAUAUUUGAAGGGAGAUGACGAACCAACAGAUGAACAAGUUGAAAACACAUUAUCCACAUUAGACUGUAUCAAAUCAUGUGGGGUUGAUAAAUUAUUUGAGAAUCCAAAUAUCACUUCUAGUAAUGAAUUUAGCAUUCUUCACUCUAUUAUUGCCGCGUUACCACAAGAGCAUACUCCAGAAAAUGAAAAUUCGUUUGAGCCAGAUGUGUUUUUCCAUUUAGAAAGUGCACUUGUGCUUACAUUAGAAUCAAAUUCAAGCUCACAAGAUAUUUCUAAAUUGAUUAGCUACAUUGAAAAAGUUGAAGCUAAUAAAGAAAAUAAAAGAUUGAAUCAAUCAAUGCGUUUGAGGUUAUUGACAUAUAAGUUGAUUCUUUUCUCUGGGUACACAAGCUCUGAUACCAAACCAAUUCAUAACACAAUCGACCAAAUCACAACUGUCGAUAGAACACUUUUGGAAAAGAAAUCAGCACAAAUAUUACAACCUUUGUUUACAUUAGCACAUUCAGGAUCAUCACACAGUGAUUCUGUUUUGACUUACGAAAACUUCUGGAAAGUGCUUAGAAACAUUGCUUCAUUAUCUCAAUAUUCAAAUGCAGUUUUUAUAUUUAUUGAAGGUUUAUUGAAAUCAUCACCAAAAUCCAUUACAAGUGUUAACUUCAUGUGGUUACUUGGACUGUUAGAUGAAAUUUCUUCAGUUGGUGCAAUUGGUGGUCAAUGGGAAUCCGAAUAUGAUAGUUUAGUUAAAAGUGGUCAUGUUGUUGAUAAGGAAAAUCCAUAUCAGGAGAUUGUUCAAUUGUCAUUAAGAUCUAUAAGUUUAACAGCACUUCUGAUUGACAUUAAAGAUUCUCUUUCCAAGGAGGAAACAUAUGCGUUGAUUCAAGCAUUAGCACAUCAAUGUGUGAAUCCAUGUCAUCAAAUUAGAUCAUAUGCUUUAAGUUCUUUAGAAGAUACUGUCUUGAAAAUUGAAUUAACUGAUCAAGUCACUGCAGGUGGUAUUUUUGAUUAUGGUUUAAUUCCAUUAUUAAAUGAAGAUGUUCCAAAACGUGAUAUUUUGGGUACAAUUUCCAAAGUUUAUAUUCACUCUUAUAAAUUAAAGAAAGCAGAUAAUGAGAUUUUUUUGAAAAUUUUAGAUAUUUUCAAUCAAUAUUUAGAAGAUCCAGAGAUUGAAUCUGAAUUACAAACAUUGAUUUCAGAAAAAAAGAGCAUUGAUAAAGAAAAUGGAAUCGGUGGGACUGAAACACCUGUUGUUAGUCAAGAGGAGUUUAAAUCAGAAGAUCAAGCAAAAGAGCAAGUUACAAAGGAUGAAUUGAAAGCUAAUGAAACCGCAGAAGAGAAAGAAAACGAGGAAAAUGUUGAAGAACAAGAUGCCACAAAAUUAGAGAAUGACGUAGAGUAG